CGGCCGGAGCAUGCUCAGUGGCGGCGGCCGCCGGGGCCGCGGCUCUGUCCCGGCCUCGCCUUGCCCGAGCGACGGCGCCCGGCCGGUGGCCGCUGCCUGCCGGGGAGGCGGCGGGGGCUCGCCAUGGGCAGCCGGGGCUCGGACGGCGCGGGGCCGCCAGAAGACAGCACGGCGGCAGCGCUGGGCGAGGAGUCGAGGAGGCUCACCAGAGAGCAGCUCUUCACCAUGGUGGCAACAGCUUCUAUAAACUUCAGUUCGAUGAUCUGCUAUUCCAUCCUGGGACCUUUUUUCCCUGCGGAGGCAGAAAAAAAAGGUGCCAGUAACACGAUUGUUGGCCUGAUUUUUGGAUGUUUUGCUUUGGUCAAUUUCUCGACUUCUUUAAUCUUGGGAAAUUAUCUUACGCAGAUUGGUGCAAAAUUCAUGUUUGUAGCAGGGAUGUUUGUUUCAGGAUGUGUGACAAUUCUGUUUGGAAUUCUGGACAAGGUGCCAAAUGGUCCAAUGUUCAUUGGUUUUUGCUUUUUGGUAAGAGCGAUGGAUGCAAUAGGUUUUGCAGCAGCAAUGACAGCAUCAUUUUCAAUCCUUGCAAAGGCAUUUCCUAAUAAUAUAGCUACUGUCAUGGGUAGCCUUGAAAUUUUUACAGGGCUUGGACUAGUGCUUGGCCCACCUUUAGGUGGCUUUUUAUAUCAAUCCUUUGGUUACGAGGUCCCUUUCAUUACGCUGGGAUGUGUGGUAUUGGUCUUAGUACCUAUGAACAUGUGCAUGCUACCAAAAUACGAUUCAACCCCUAGCAAGGAGUCCUUUUGGAAGCUCAUUCUUCUGCCAAAAGUCUUACUUCUCUGUCUUACUAUAUUUUCUCUAAGUGCAUGCUUGGGCUUUUUGGAUCCCACAAUGUCUCUGUUUAUUCUAAAAAAGUUCAAACUUCCAGCUGGUUAUGUGGGCUUGGUAUUCCUAGGUCUGGCACUCUCGUACUCCCUGUCUUCUCCCCUUCUCGGCCUCAUAAGUGACAAACUGCCACACCUCAGGAAAUGGCUGAUGGUAUCGGGAAGCUUAAUAACAGCCCUGUGCUUUUUCAUGUUAGGACCUGCUCCUGUGCUGCACAUUGAAAGUCAGCUGUGGAUGUUUGUCCUAGUGCUGGUUUUGAUUGGCUUUUCCCUUGGCAUGAGUGCUAUCCCAGUAUUUCCAGAGAUACUGCAGUGUGCAUAUGAGAAUGGGUUUGAAGAAGGUCUGAGUCUGUUGGGGCUGGUGUCAGGGCUCUUCAGUGCCAUGUGGUCCCUUGGGGCAUUUAUGGGUCCCACUUUAGGAGGAUUUCUAAAUGAUAAGCUGGGUUUUGAAUGGGCCUCAGCCAUCCAAGGAGGAUGGGCACUGUUAAGUGGUCUUGCAAUUGGAAUAUUCUAUAUUGCUGAGGCCACAAGACGAAGUUCGAGUUCCAGCCUGCAAAAUCCUCCUGUUGAUAAUGAAGAAAGAACUCAUCUGUUGGCUAGUGAAACAUAGCCAGAAAUUAUUUUGGUUCUCCAUUUACUGUUGUGGUUUAACUUCGUGUCUGAGAUGAGUGGACUUUAACAGUGUUUCGUUAUUCUGGAGACGUGAUACACCUAGUGAACAGCCAGUUGUGGUUUACUUGGAGCUGCAUCACUGUUUUGAAACACUAAACAAUGACUGCCUUUCUUUUGGAGGUCCUCGUGUGGAUUGGUUGCACUGAUGAGUAACCCUCAGCUGUUGGCCUCUUUAAUUGUAUUCCAUAUGCAGUGUACCACUGUAUGUGAAGAGGUGCAUUUUCAAAUGUCUGGCUUCUGUGCAUUAUUCUUGGAUAAAGCUACUAUUUUGCUACUGUGAUUUUUCUAUAUUUUUUAGAAGAAAGGUUAUCUUGUAAUACUUUAACUGAUACAUAAAAUGUUGAGACAGCAUUUGAAAUGACAAAGCACUUAAGCACAAUACUGUUUUCAAUAAAGCAACUUUUUUCCUAA